UAAUUUGCUAAAUUCUUGGAGACCUGUCAUCGGUUUACAAACAGAAUUGUGACCUAACCAGGAACAGUGCUAUUCUGGGGUCUCAUGUUUAUGCUAAGGGAAGCUAGCAGGCAUACAAAUGGUGUCAAUAUUCUCAUCUAACUAUGGCAAGAAAGCGAAUGAGGUCACUUCUCAAAAAUGCUGUGAGUGUUCAGAACUAACAUUCAGAGGUGUUCAGCUGUUUGCAACAUGUAUUGGAAAGGACACAAAUACUGCUCAUCAACAAAAUGUCUACUUGACACUCACAGAGAAUACUAGCUGGAUAAGUGACCAUAAAAAACAGGAAAAUUAAAGAGCUGUUGAGUGGAGAACACAAGUGAGGACGAGGCAGAUGGCAGAUCACAUACAAAACAAAAGACUGAUCUGAGGAUGUUGAGCAACACUUUAUGAUGCACUGCUGACAUAGUCCCCUCUGAUCAAAUGCAUAUGUUUGCAGAGAAAUGUGGUCUUUCACAUUACUUUGUUAUAACACUUCCAUAUUCUAUAAUCUUUUCUAUUCUGUUCCAUUACGUAAGGAAAAAAAUAGAAAGAGAGGGGCGGAUUAUUGUGAAAGUGCAGCUGCUUUUGGAAAGUGUACAUCUGUACUUGACACUCCCUGCAUAUUUUGUAUAUUUUAUGACUGUAGAGAAUCAGGUAUUUUGACAGUUUCUGUUUCUCCUUGAGCACAGCUUUGGAUCCAGCUUUUACAAAUCUAACUUGCUCAGAGUGAAUAUCAACCACAUUCAACUAAAUUCUGUGAAGCAGAAGUGUUUUUUUCAUGACUUUUUAUCUUUCAGCUUUGUGCUGCCCAAACAAGAGGACGAUGGAAGGCCAGCUGCUGCUGCUACUGAUGGUCAUCACAGCUUGUUCUCAGUCUCUCUGUGUGUCAGACAGCUGCCAUGAGGAGGCGGCUCGUCUGCGGGAACAGGAGAAGCGCCUGAAGGGCCAGCUUCAGAAACAAGAACUCCUCCUACACAGACUGCAGCUGCUCAGCCAGCCUGGCACCAAGGACAAAGGCUUACCCGACCAGAGCCAGGACACCCAGUACGCAGACUGUUCCCAGCUCUUCUGUUCUGGCUUCAAAUCCAGUGGUUUCUACACCAUCAAACCCCAAGGCAGCCCGUCUCAAGUCAGAGUCUACUGCGACAUGAGUGAUGGAGGUGGCUGGAUUGUGAUUCAGAGACGGAUCGAUGGAACAGAAAAGUUUAAUAGGUCCUGGGCAGAGUAUAAGGUUGGUUUUGGAGACACAGAUACAGAACUGGGAGAAUUUUGGCUCGGCAAUGACAACCUGCAUUACAUCACUGCACAAGGGAAUUAUUCUCUGAGGAUUAACCUGGAAGACUUUGAUGGUAACCAGCGCUAUGCCGAGUACAAGAACUUCAAAGUGGCUAAUGAAAAGGAUCACUACCGACUUACAUUUGGAACCUAUGUCGGUACAGCUGGGGAUGCUCUGUCUGGAAGUUAUCAGGUUGGUGUGUCAGAGUGGGCCAGUCACCAGGGCAUCAAAUUCAGCACCUAUGACCAGGACCAUGAUAACUAUGAUGGAAACUGUGCCCAGGAAGACAAGGGAGGCUGGUGGUUCAACAAGUGUCACUCAGCCCAUCUUAAUGGUGUGUACUACCCCAAAGGGCACUACAGUGCACUGACAGAUGAUGGUGUCAUUUGGUACACAUGGAAAGGAUGGUGGUACUCCCUGAAGAUCAGCAUCAUGAAGCUUCGGCCCACUGACAUCAGUAUUGACCCUAUUGAUGAUCCCAAUGCUGUUCACCACACACCACUUUCCUAGAGCAGACAUGAGCAGGUCUCACAUCUUCUCAGCUUGACUAUUUUGGAACAAAACACUGUCAAACAUAUUAUUGGUGUGAAAUUAUAUUUUAACUGGAAAUAUGAUUUCACACCAACACAUAUCUUGUAAUCCUCUCAAAUACUUAAUAGUAUGUAGUAUUUCUCACAUUAAAGCACACAACCCAACUGGCAACUGGUAACAAACAUACUUCCUGUGCUAUCAGAUCACUGUGCUAUGUGGGUGGAGCAGAUUAGCAGGCACAAAGUAGCAUUAGUAUAGCCAAGAUGAACCAAACAUUAAUUCACCCAGGGAAGGCAAAGUAUGUUAUGCCAUAAUGAUUGCCUGACGCAGGCAGAA